ACAAAAUCCAGAAGAAACAUUUAUAUAUUUUUUAAGAAAUGGUAGCCAUGGCGAGUAUGGACGAGCAUGAACGAAAAAUUGUUAUUGAAUUUUGUCAUUUAUUAGAAAAAUCUAAACAAUUAUUUAAUGGAUUACGAGAUUUACCACAAUAUGGUCACAAACAAUGGCAAGCAUAUUUUGGGCGUACAUUUGAUAUUUAUACAAAAUUAUGGAAAUUUCAACAGCAACAUAGGCAAACUUUAGAUACAAAAUAUGGUUUGAAGCGAUGGCAAAUUGGUGAAAUUGCAUCGAAAAUAGGACAAUUAUACUAUCAUUAUUAUUUAAGAACUAGCGAAACAAAUUAUUUAAAUGAAGCUUAUUCAUUUUAUGCGGCAAUCAGAGGACGAGCUUACUAUUCUAGAGCUUCAAAAGAAGACAGAUCCGAUUUAAUGGUAAAAAAAUUACGUUAUUAUGCACGAUUUAUCGUUGUAUGUUUACUAUUGAAAAAAAUGAAAUUAGUACGUGAACUUGUUAUUGAAUUGGAUAAACAAAUCGCCGAUUAUACAAGCACAUAUGAACCAGACGAUCAAAUUGAAUGGAGUUUAGUAUUAGAGGAAAUUAAAAGUUUUAUUAAAGCUGAUGCUAUGAUUUCAGUGUUACACGCGGAUAGUAAUCCAAUUGUAUUAUCACAUAGGUUAAGUCCAUUAACAACUCCUCCAGUAGAAAAAUCACAAUUUAUGAAUUUAACACUACAAGAAAUCUUAAUAAUAGGCAAUUGCACAGAUCAAGUAAAAUUUUCUGAAUUAACAAUGGACAUGUUUCGUAUGUUACAAACAUUAGAGCGUGAGCCACAAGAUGAUUUUAAUCACAUAUACGAUGCAUCACCAGCACCUGGGCGUAUGCCAUACGCAAUGCCUGGAUCAAAAUGUUAUCCAAUGGAGAAUGGUGAUCGUCCAAAUAAACGGGAUAAUCCACAUAAGUAUUUAUUAUAUAAACCGAGUUUAAGUCAAGUUCUGGUAUUUUUAGCAAGUGGUUUUAAAGAGUUGCCAGCGAACGGUGCACUAUUGUUGUAUAUAUCAGCAGAUGGAUGUUUCUCGACAACUAAACAUCCAGAGGAUAUGGGUUACGACUUGGGCGGUGUCCUUACAUGCAGCAAACGUGAUGGUAUGGUUGUGGAACAGCAUACAAAUAAAAAAGGACUACAAAUCAAAGAAAUGCAUUGUCUAUAUCCGGGUGAUUUAUAUCCAUUCACACGACGACCGCUAUUUGUGAUUGUCGACAGUGAUAAUAGUUUUGUAUUCCAACAUAUACCCAGAUACUUUGGGCAGCCGUUAGUUACAUUAAUGUCACCUCAGGAUACACCACCAGCCUUUCAAGAUCAGCAGCAUAACGGAUCAUUAUUUACGUUAUUCCUUCAUUCACCGUUAACAGCAUUCUGUUUUUGUUGUAAUCUUGUCAAUAUUCCAAUUCAUCAUUGGGAACGGUGCCAAAGUUAUAUCGAUCGUUUUGUUACCGAAGCAUCGCGGUUAUUUACAAGAUCGCGAAUGGAACCAUCAUAUCUACAAUUCUUUGGUGAUGAUUUUCUACGUUUACUACUAUUACGAUAUAUAUUCUGUGAUGUAGUCUUACACUUACAUAGAGGUUUUAAAGGUCGUCAAUAUCGUCCCCGUUGUCAACCACCACUACCUGAAGCUGAACUACUCGAACAUCCUGCCUUACAACAUUUAGUAUUGGAUUUAGCAGCACAUUUAGAAGUACGCGGUCAUUUUCUAGAGAAUCAUGAGCUAGACUGA